GGUCUGGAUAAUGAAAGCAAAGCAAUCAAGAAGUAUGAAGAGAUCCCGAAGGGAGAUGAAACUGUUAGAUCUUGUGGGUUUGUUGUCAGUCCCAAGUGGCCAUGGCUGAGCUGUAGUCCAGAUGGUAUUGUGAUGAGAAAUGGUGUCCUUGAGGGAUGUAUAGAGAUUAAGUGUCCUUAUGCUAGUAAAGAUUUGUGCAUAUCUGAUGCUGUUAAUUGUAAAAAAAACUUUUGUCUACAACAAACUGAAAAUGGUUUGAAACUUAAAGAAAACCACCCAUAUUACUUUCAGUGCCAAGGUGUUUUGAACAUUUUAAACUCAAAUUGGAUUAAUUUUGUAGUAUACACUAAUGUUGAUAUGCACGUUGAACGAAUUGGCGAGAACAAAUUUUUCUGGGAGGAAAAAGUGCUCCUAGAAAUAACUUCUUUUUAUUUUUCCUUUAUUCUUCCUUCAUGUAAUGGAUUAAAGUUGGAGUAA